GACAAGUUCCAGUCAACUCUGGUUCUUAAGGCCCUGCGUCCUGACAAAGUGACCAAUGCCAUGCAGACAUUAGUGUCCCAGGUUCUAGGGCAGAGGUUCAUUGAGCCUCAGACGACCGAUCUGGCCAAUGUUUUCAAGGACUCAUCCACCACGUCCCCCCUGGUGUUUGUCUUGUCAACAGGGACUGAUCCAGCUGGCUCUCUUUACGCCUUCGCUGAUACCAUGAAGUUCUCUAAGAAGCUCAACUCCAUAUCGUUAGGGCAAGGGCAGGUAACUUAGAUAUUCGUGGGGAGGCAUUAGUACAGCAUUGAAGUAGAUCCUCGUCAUCAUUAAGAUCCAGUAGCCAUUUGGGCAUAAGCCCGAGGCAAUGAAGCAGAUAAAUUUCAGGUCAUUUUGUGGUUGAAGUGGGAGAGGGCGGGCAGGACAGGUAAUUUUAUAUCAUAAGGGCAUACGAAGGUGAUGCCACAUCUUUAAAACAAGGGGCAGGUAAUGCCACAUCUUUAAGGCGGUUAAUGCCACAUCUUUAAGGCAAGGGGCAGGUAAUGCAACAUCUCUAAGGCAAGAGGCAGGUAAUACAACAUCUUUAAGGUAAAGGGCAUGUUUGGAUCAUAAGGAUAAGGGCAAGUAUUAUUUUAUUUCUAUCUAAAGGACUGAGUCAGGUAAAUCUACUGGUAUGUUUUCAGAUCAGAUGGGUAUCAGUGAAACUGUAUUUGUUUCCAAUAAUGAGACAUUGAUUCAAAAAUAGAGGGGAAAAGUUUGUGAAUGUGAUUUUCUUGUGUAGGAUUUUAUUGUAUAUAUAUUUCACUGCAGAAAAAUAAAUAUUAAUUAAAUUAAUUAAAAAUUAUAUUUUAACAUUUUUACAAAAUAGUGCAGCCAGCAUCAGCACUCGUUAAUAUAACCAGCAAUUUGAAUGGUUUUGUUGUUACAACUGCCUCAUGCUGAGUUAUGUGUUGUAUGGCAGGGACCCAGGGCUGAAGCAUUGAUGAGGUAUGCUAUGGAGAAAGGUGGUUGGGUCUUCUUCCAGAAUUGCCAUUUAGCUCCUAGUUGGAUGCCUACAUUGGAGAGACUUGCAGAGACAAUUGAUCCAGAUGUGGUAGGCACUGACAAUGUAUUGGGGACAUUUCCCUUAAAGUUCCUUCUUCUGAUGCUAAUGCUUAUACUCUACUUGUGCUUGUACCCUCGUACAUUUACCCUACUUGUUCAUAUACCUUACUUUUGUGUGUACCCUACUAGUGCCUAUGCCCUGCUAUUGCUUAUAACCUAUUUGUGCAUAUGCCCUAAUAACCCAUAUACCCUGAAGAGCUGACCUGCCUAGAGUAAUUCAAUCUAUUAUAAACCUUUUUUUUCUUCCUGCAUGCUAAUUUAAAAAAAAAAAACUUUUUGCUAGGACCAAUUCCUCAUUGUAUCCUCUCUUAGUGCACUGCUUCCCAUUUAAUGUGAAGAAUUUGAUACACAUGAUGCUGCAAGAUUAGCAAAAUCUCAGAAGUGUGUUAAAGGAAUGUACCACAAUGAUUAUUUACUGCCUCCAUCAGUAGUUUAGGCUUUGUAAACAUUUCACUCGACCACCAUUUUGUAAUCAAAAAGCAUUUCCAUUUACUUGGAUUAGUAAAGAAUCUUAUCUUAUUUAGGUGCACAAAGAUUUUCGCCUGUGGCUGACCAGCAUGCCCAGUCCAAGCUUCCCGGUUUACAUCCUGCAGAACAGCUCCAAAAUGACGGUGGAGCCACCAAAAGGCAUCAAGGCAAAUUUACUGAGGUCAUACCUGGGCUUCAGUGACAAGUUUUUAAAGCAAUGCACAGGAAAGGUAACCCUGCCGUCAAAGAUUACUUCCACUGUUUUAGAUCCUGGGCUUGGUCAAUACACAUUUUUUGUUUUAUGUAUAUAAAUCAACAUUGUCAAAAGUUAACUUUUCUUUUACUAUUGAUACUCUGAUUAAAAUACAAUACAUUUCUUAUAAUUACACCUAGAUUUAUGAUUUAAGUCAGAGCAGUUUUUAUUAGUUCACAGCCGUCUGCUUGUUUGAUAUCCUUCAGAUCCGAAUGUUUAAACACCUCCUGCUUUCCAUCUGCUUCUUCCAUGCCAUUGUGUUGGAGCGGCGUAAAUUUGGUGCCUUGGGUUUUAACAUACCGUACGAGUUCACAGAUGGAGACCUGAAGAUCUGUGUUGAUCAGCUGAACAUGUUUCUGCUGGAGUACAAUGAUGUCCCCUUUAAGGUAACACAGUACAGU